AUGACGGAGUCGGCUGAAGCUGUUGCAGCUGAUGUGAGCAGCAAGAGGAGUGUGACCAUUGAAAUCACGAAUCUCAGCAACAAUUAUUGCCUCAUGAACCCCAGGGUUUUCCUUGAUAAUGGGGAGUCAUACAACCCACCUCAGCCCUCAGUGCGCCCCCUGAAGACGGAGGUUUGCACCUUUACCAAGUCCAGCGGGAGAGCGACUGGCAGUGUUGGAGUCAUGACCUACGACCUUUUCGAGAAGUCCAAGAAUGACUACAUUGAGUCUCUUGCCAUCAUGUUCUCCGUUCCCUGGGACUAUAACUUUUACAAGAACUGGUACGCCAUCGGCGUCUAUAAGAAGGGCCGCAAAUGUGACGAGAGCUUGUACAAAGAAAUGUACUAUGAAAAGAAAGAGCAAGAGCACGGGUUUGUCAGAGCGGAAGCCAAUGGGUCAGGAAUCAAUUAUGUGGGUAACUACCUUGACAUAAAAGCCACCAUGAGUCCCCUGGGCAACGCCAUCAUGAAGGUGGAGGUGUGGGAGAAAGUUUUCACACCUAUGGGUCAGCAGGCAUAUUAG